AACAAAAAACAACUGAUUUCAUAAAAGUAACGAGGGAGUAUUCGCAUUUCUUUAAAGAAUUUGCUGUUGAAUGGCUUGCCUGACUUAUUGUAUAACAGAAGCAGCCGAAGAUAAGUUAAAAGCUGACGUACCCUGUCCUAGUUGUCAUUCAAUCUGUGGAAUGCUAGGUUUUCUUGAAUGAAUGAAUGAAUAUGUUUAAAGUGUCGUUGACUUCGAGGUCACUAGAGACGACGAGGAAUGAUGAAAUGGGUGGGGGAAACGUAGUUACUACGAGAAAACCCAAUGGUUCACAGUAACGUCCGCCACGUAUCCCACUUCCGAAAAAUCCUGGUUCGAUCGCUCGCGUAUUGUCUUGGUGGAAGGAAAGUGAUCUGACCAUUUUACCACCGUUACCCCUUACGUUGCGUUGCUUGAUUAACCUUCUUAGUUGUUGUUGCAGUCUCAACUAUGAGUAGUGACCAGCAGUUCUCUCUUUGUUGGAAUGAUUAUGUGAAGCAUGUGAAAAAUGCUUUCGACAAGUUGCGAUGUGAUGGAGAUUUGGUCGAUGUGACACUGAGCUGUGAAGGGAAACGUAUCCGUGCUCACAAAAUGCUUCUUUCCGCUUGUAGCACAUACUUUAAGGAUCUCUUUAAGGAGAAUCCGUGCCAGCACCCGGUGAUAAUCUUCAGGAACGUGAAGUUCGAGGACCUGUCGGCACUCGUGGACUUCAUGUACCAAGGAGAAGUGAACGUCAGCCAAGACCAGCUGUCGUCGUUCCUCACCACGGCGGAGAUGCUGGCGGUUCAGGGGCUGUCCGGCGGUGGCGGCGGGAAGCCUGGGACUGCCGAGGACAACCAGGCAGAGGAGAUACCACCUGCAGCAGGGAUUGAGCCACGCGCACGCGAGGCUGGCGCUGGCGUUGCUCCGCCCGUCCCGCACUUGUCGGAGACGCGCGGCUGCGAGUCUCCUCCCGCCAGCAAGCGCCGCAAGUGGGGCGGCGACAGGGAGCCACCGCACCUCGACCUGAAGCGAGGCUCGGAGCCCGCGGAGACGGUGGUCCCCGAGCUGCUGGCGGGCGUGAAGCUGGAGAGAGCAGACUACGACGAAGGCAGCCACGACGGAGGGGGCUACGCGGACUCCCGCUCGGACAUGAAAGCGGCGGCCGAGGCGGACCGGGACCAGCUGGCCGCCGUCAACCGGUUGCUGGGCCGAGACUUGGAGAUGUACGGCACCAACUCUCAGGACUCGAUUCGGCAGCAACCGCCCGACAAUAUGGCUCUGGACAUCAAUCAAAUGUUGCUGAAGCCUGGCCCAUCUUCUGGUGAUAACCUAUCCCAGGAUUCUUUGCAGGCCCCCGUGCCGUGGCCGGGAUGGAAGAACGCGCUGAAGUCGUGCAUCGUCCACAAACUGGGGCACGCGUGCGACUUCUGCGGCAAGACGUUCAAACACGUCGGCUCGCUGUCGAUGCACCGCCGCAUGCACCGGGGACACACCCAGUGCCCCGUUUGCCUCAAAGUGUUCAGUCGAGCCUACUACAUGAAGAUCCACAUGCAAGCCCUCCACAAAGUUCCGUUGUAACUCCUCGGUCGUCACGGGCUGCGAUUGCAUGGAUGUGUUUCUCUGUACCUGUUUGAAUGUAGCAGUUGUGUCGUGAGCAAUCGUAGGUAUUAUUGAGUCUUGAAGUGGUGCACGCUAGCAACUAGAUACGUAGGAAGCAGUCUAGUAUCAUGAGUGUCACUUCAUAGAGUGUCCCUCAGCAAGCACUCGACCUAAGAGCUUAGUGUUUCUUUAACGCAAAACUCACAGUCAUUUGUGAUUUUUAUUGAGAUUGACCUUUUUAAUCCUCAUACCCUUGAAUACCAUAGAAUCUUAUGAUUUUGAAAGGCAAAGAUUAUAAGAUAAAUAUUGAAAGAAAUGAAUUGCAUCCAAAAAAUUAAACACUGACAACUAUAAAGUUCACUAUGUCUUUUUGUGUUUUUCUUCUUAGCUAUUCUAUUAAUGAUCCCACAUUUUUAUGAUGUAUAUUGUUUUGGGAAACUUACUUCAUGAAAUGAACAUUUAAAGGUCUUUAUCUUUUGACUCUAGAUACCUUGAUUUGGAUUCCAAGGGUAUUUUCAAGGUAGUUUUGUGAUUCAAAUUUGAGAUUCCUUUUGAGAUAAUUGGGUUUUGACCAAUGACUAGGUCUUUUAUUCAGAAAAUUUUUCUGCCAGUUUAGAGGAUAAUCACAUAGCAAGUGUUCUUGGAUGAUUUUAAUCCACUCUUUAACAGUUUUAGCAUUGUUCCAAGAGAUGUAAACAGUUCCAAGGUCUGCCUAGAAUGUUUCUGAAUGUUCCCUCAAUUGGUGUUAAUCAUAAAGUAGGAUUUGAAUGAUAGUCAAGGGAGGCAAAAAGUGUUUGUCAUUUAGUACAGUUUUUAAACUGAAAUUGAACCUAGUGUACAAAUGACUAUCUGUAUGAUAAAAAUUUAAUUUACUAAUUAAUACUUUUUUUAUACAUAACUGGUAUUCUGAACACCAAGUUACUAAGUUUCAGACAUAUAAAUUAACUUUGAUUUGUCUUAAAAAUUGUCUAUUUCAAUAUGUUUGAAAUAAAAUAUACGAUUCAUUUAAAAUUUCAAUAAUAUUUCCCAAUUGAACAAUUAACAUAAACUUUCUUUACACCAAAGAAAAAAAAUCUUUGAUUGAUAGCAGUGGCGUAGCCAGGAUUUGUGUAUCCCCCCCCCCCCCCCCCUCCGUAUUAAAGCGGGUGGUCCGGGGGUCCUCCCCCGGGAAAAUUUGGAUAUUAAGGUGUAAAAUAGUGCUAUUUUAGCAGUUUUCGGUACUUAAAUUUAAAUAUUGUAAUGGUAAAAAUUUUAUUAAUUUUAAUAUGAAAUUUGUUUGAGUGAUGAAUAAGAAAUUAAUUAAAGAUUUGGUGCUAAGGGGGGGGGGGGGUUAAACCCCUAAACUCCCCCCCUGGCUACGCCCCUGAUUGAUAGUUUAAAACCACGAAAGUUUAAUGGAAUAUUGAACUAAUCAAAAUAUUUGUCGGGGCACAAAACAUGAUAAAUCAAUUACCGUAUUUACUCGCAUAUAGGUCGCGGCAAUUUUACCAGAUUUGAUGGGGAAAAAAUGAAGUGCGACCUAUAUGUGAAGAAAAUUUUUUUUUAAUUUUUGAGGAAUAUUUUUGCAAUAUUUUGCUUUAAAAUGCGAAGAAGUUUAUAUAGGUAUAGGCAAAUUUAUUUACAAUGUACACAUACAGCGAAACCCCUUAUUUACGUUACCGUUAUUUACGUUUUCCCGUUAUUUGCACUAUAUUCUUCAGGUCCCGUUUAGUUUCCAUUUAGUCAAAUACAAUACUUUCACGCAAAUUACGACUCAAAAAUCGAAUCCAUCCCGCUAUUUACGUCACGUAACAACCAUAAACAACCAGAAAAUACCGUGGGUACUUUAAGAGUAGAUAAAAUUAGCUAGUAGGCCUAAAAACACUGAAAACAUUGUGAAAAACGUAACGUCUAUAGUCGGCAAUGAACAUUUUAAAUCGCAAAAUACACAUAUUUUAUAACAUGAAACGUUGCUUUUAUUUCUAAACAUGUAAUAAUUUAAGCCUAUGCAUGUUAAAGUCCGAGUAAUUAUAGCAGGAGACAAUCUAAAAUGCACGAGGGAAAAACGUAAACUCACGAAUGUAUAAACGUGGCUGAUUGUUAAGUUCUGAUACAGUAUUUAUGUCACAACUUAGCCGAAAUACUGGUACGAGACAAACUUCACAAGAUAAAAUGAGUGGAGUCUUGGUAACUGUUUUAUACGUAUUUUAUAAUUUCGGAAGUAUUGUACAGUUGACGCAUAUUUUUUUAAACUAACAAUUUAUUUCUGGGAAUCGUAAUUAAUAUAUUAUUGGUAUCAAGACAUCAAGAUGGACGUAAACUUGAACACGUCACGGCAGCGAGAAAACUGGUGCGUAUACCAAUAAACUGGUAUUAGAACUGGACAAAACUGGUACACGGGAGGUGGAGCUUCUAUUUUUUUCCGCUAAGCUCGCAUCUAUUGGCUGGCUGCUGAUGGGAGGUCACGAGUCUGGGCGGAGCGUUGAGUGAGUUAUACUGCGCAUGCGCAGCUCAGUGAACAAAGAGAGCCAGCAGGCGCGCCGUAACAGCAGCUAAUCGAGUACAAUGACCUUUCGCCGCGCACGGCACGGCGCACGGCGCAUGGCGCGGUAAUGAAUUACCGGUGCGACCUAUAUGGGGGAAAUCUUAAAUACCAAAUUCAAGACCUCAAAUUAUGGGUGCGACCUAUCUGCGAUGGCGACAUAUAUGCGAGUAAAUACGGUACAUCUGUCAUGUAACCUAGUUCAACAAGAAUUCAAUACUUUACCACAAAUACUCUUGUACUUGUUAGCUUUCAAUUGGUUGUAAAAAUAAAAUAGUUUAGGUUUCAUCAAAGCUGAUGUAAUAAAAAUUACUUAUUCUCAAAGAAAUCAAAUAUAUCUUAACCAGCUUGAAAUCUGAUAUGAAUUGAACAACUAAAGUUAUUCUUAAACACUCAAAAAACACUUGGAUUUAAGUACAAGAACAUCUGAAUAAGUAUUUAACUAAGCAACACAAAAACAGGAUAAUUAAAAUGUGGAACUAAAAUAAUUUAUAUUUAAGAAGAAUGCAACCAAUUGUAUGCCUAAACAAAUUUACAUUUGCACUUUCAAACUAUUUUGUACAUACCCUUUUUGUUGUACUCUACUUACAUAUGCUGAUAAGAUGAUGCUACCAAGUCUUUGCUCUAUUCUCGAGAAUUGGUGCAAUUUCCCAUCGUAGCUCAUACGUGGUUAUAUGGACACAAAGACUGCCAGUUCUGUUGUACGUUGUCAAAGUAUGCUGAUGAAUCACUGUCAUCAAUGUCUUUGCGAACUUGCCAAGAAAGGUUGUUGAUUCUAGUAGUAGAUCGCUUGUAAUUCUUUGUACACGAUGUAUGCAGGUUCCGUAAACCUUCGUUGAACUAAUUCACCAUCCGAAUAUGACAAUUGGCUAAUGAGGUCUCGAAAACUCACUUGUGUUCCAGUUUCAUUGGUUCUACUGAAGUUCUUCCAUAACACAUGGUAGUAUAACAAAACUUAUCUAUUUCACAGAAUUCUUAAGAAAUAUUGUCUUUUGUAGACAAAUUUUGAAUGUAAAUAGUACUUUGACAACUAUUGCCAACGUUCUUUGACCUUUUAAACGUAGAAUUCAUAAAUUGAAUAAACUUGACGAUAUUGUUUUGAUAAAUAACCACAAAAUUUUUAUUUUCUUCAAGGUUUUAAAUAUUCAUAAUCAAAAUAUAGUAAUAUUACUUCAAAACUAUUAAAUAUUUCACAACUAAAAAUUCUGUUCCAUUCAAAAAGCUCAUAUUUUCUGGAGCAAUAUCGAAACAUGACUGGCCUUAACAAUUGUCUAUCAGUCAUCAGUUACAGUGGAAAAAAAAAUAGUUAACAAAAGGCAUUCUGCUUAAUUUAUAUUACAAAUUAUAAUUUUGGGCUCUGUAUUAAAAAUAAAUGCAUUAAAAAAUAUACUUGAACCUUCUGUGAUAAAUCUUAGUCCUUUUUUUAGUAAUAAAAAACAUCCACUAAAAUAAAAUAUAAUGUAAAAAAUAUAUAAUCACUUACUUUACUUAGCUUGUCAACAAAAUUGUUAAAUCACAUAUAUACUUUUUUGCCAAGAUGUUAAACAUAGUUUAUUUGAUUAAAAUCAUAGAUAAAAUCAAAUUUGCAAAGAGUACUUUGGAAAAUAAUAAAACCAUAUUUAUAUCAUAGUCAAAUGAAUAAAGGAAGAAUAAUCCUUACACUAUCAAAUAAGUUUCUGAAAACUACAAUAAAAUUUUACCAACUUGUUUAACAUUCAGGUUUACUUAAACUUAUGUAAUACAUACACACUCCUUUUUUUUAAUAUGAUAUCCAAGGGUGUCGCCAGCCGAUAGCCUAGGGAGGGGGGGGGGGGAGCAAGUUGUGGGAAAAGUAUGUAUUUUUUUACAUUUGGCUACACUUUUUUGAAUCUCUAGGGCUCUGGGGGGGGGGGCAACUCCCCCCCCCCCCCCCCCAACCCCCCUGGCGAUGCCCUUGGUGAUAUCUAGUUUAGUUUAUGUACAUAUAUCAGAUCUUAUGAAGUCCAAAACUUGUGCUGUGGACUGUUGUAUUAUUCCACCUGAAAAUCUAAUUUUACAGCCGGUUAUUUUAAUUUUUUUAAUUAAUUAGUUUUUCAAAUUAUAUUGUAAAGGUGAAAGUUUUAUUUCUUUUAAGGAACUACUUAAAGAAAGGUGAGUUUUAUGCCAGAUUGACAAUUGUAAGUGUAAGGUUUUGCUUUUGCAGUGUAUUUAUUAUUUGUCAUUCAUAAAUGUACUGUUUUAUAAAUGUUUGUGAUUUUUCUACCAAGUUUACUGCUGGGAAUGUUAAUGUGUCAUUUUUGUACGUAAUGUACGUAGAAUAUUUGGUUUCAUUGAGUUCAUUUGGUUACAUGUUUUUCUACGGCACUGAUUAUAAUAGAGUAAAUUAAAUUUUUAAUUAUGAAUUUGCUAUAUAGAAAUAUUUCCUGUCAUUUUUUUCCUUCUGACACGCUAUCAGACUAUGAUUUUUGCUCUGGCUGUCAACUAUGUUUGUGUUAUUGAAAUUUCUGUAUUUUAAUUUUGCUUCCCGUAAAAUAAGGCACAUAAAUCACUGUUGUAAAUAGUAAGGAGCGUGUUAUAUUAUUAAAUUAAAUAUCCUGGUUUUGUGCUGCAGAAUAUAAAUGUUUUCUUGGAACGCGUGUUUGGAUAUUGAUCAAUAAUGUGUAGAUUUAUGGUCUCUGCAUUAUUUUUUACUAGCCCUAAUCAUUAUAACAUUGUUAUAAAUCAGAGUAAAGUAUUCUGUUGGCAAAAGAGAUAUAAAUUUGUGUGUGUGUAUGUGUGGUGAUAUAAUUAAUAAAUUUUAAUUAUAUUGAUCAUUUGAAAGAAAAUGGAUGGUCUAGUGAAUAUGUAUAAAUUAAUAGCUUCAAUAAAUCCUCUUAUGGAUUUUGAAGGUCCCAUUGAAAACACUUUAACUCUUUCAAGGGGCGAACUCAGACAGCAGCAGCCUUUGUGGGCAAGAGGGUGGAGGGGGGAAACACUCUAAAUGUUACAGAGUGAAACAAUACUUUGUAUGCUCAUUUAACAUUGUAAAGUAAUAUCCCUUACUUUCAUUUACAUGAAAAAAAUGUGUUUUUAAUCUUUUCAAAAUAUGAUUUGAUAUUUUGGUUUAAGUAUUUUUCAGAAUUGAUUAAUUAAAUAAAGUCUGCUCCCUCUCAUCCACCCCGGAUACACCCUUGACUCUUUCUGCUAGGAGCUGGGAGACUUAACGCAUCUGAACUCACCUUCAAAAAAUUAUAUUUGGUUCUGUUUUCCUAGGUUGUUGUUUAUAAGUAGGAUUCUUGUAAAAGAAUAUAUGUACUUGUUAAAAUAAUAAGUAUUUUAGAAGCAUCAAAAAUUUUCUCAAGCUUACAUGAAAGCCAAUCUUCCUUAAAAAAUUUAAGUUAAGUUGUAUUUUUCAAUUAAUUGUUAAAUGUUUCUAUUCUAAAUAUCUUGGCAGACAAUACUCAUAUAUGUUGGACAUAACUUAUAGAGCGAUAGUGCGAUAGUACAUUUAUGACUUUUACGAAACACCAAAAAUCUCCAUUAUGUUCCAUUCCACAGUGCUAAAUUCUGGGGCAUAAACCAGUUAAUCAAACAGUUAAAAGGGCCUGGUAAUUUCCAUCCAUACUGAAAAUUGCCAGAGAUCUGUAAACAUGACUUUAGCUCAUCCAAGUUACUAAAUGUGCAAAAAAAAAUUUGUAUUUUGAUCUUAAAACAAAUUUUGUUAUAUUAUAUUUUCUAAAACAUAACCAUUACAUUAAGUGGUAUUGUUUUGUGUGUGUCUAUAACAGAAAAUAGCUGCCUGGUGUGUAAUAUUAAAGAUCAAAGUAUGAAAGAUAUUAUAUACAGAAUGUGAAAACAUAAGAAUAGAGCUUCUCAUGCAUGUUAAUUUGUAUGUACUAGUCAUGACAUUGUAUAUAAGUUUAUCUUGUGUACAUCAUUAGUGCGAUUAAAUUUUUAGCAAAAA